AACUAGGCCACAGGAUCAGGCCAAGGACAAGGGCGGAUCGUGUGGCAGUACCGUCACAGGUUUCUUAUGUCAGCAAGAGAUAAGGGGACCGAUAAGACCCAAGGAGGGUACGGUACCAGUGGUCAUGCAUAUCUGCAUGACCGUCAUUCCGCCAAGCACGACGGUCACCUCUCACAACAUGACCGUCACGUAAGAAGGAAUGACCACACAAGGAACGAUGAAGGACAAAGGAUAUAUAGAUGCGAAGGAUCUCCUAGAUACACAGUCAUUACCUUUGUACUUCAGCGAUCAAUCUAAGUAUCAGUUUCACCCACACUUGAACUAGUCAC